CCGUCUUUCAGACAGUCUGUUUUUGCUGCAGUGAACGGUAACCGUGGAGAGGCAGAGAUAGCCUACAAACAGUGGGGAAAGAGCGAAGGAACAAAGCAGGAGAAACAAGAAGAAGCUGGGAGAUUAUUCCAAGAAAAUAAAAAGAGAGAAGGCACAGCGGUGGGGGAGAAAAAAAAAUAAAGAAACCUGCGCAUCAGAAGGAGAGUCAUUAUUGGAAGGGACCUUACUGGAAACCAGCAACAGAACCGGACUCCUGAGGAGGAAUAUUACGGUGACACUCCAGAGCCUCUCUGCCCUCCUGAGCUUUCAGUGAGACAGGCGGAUCUGCGUGCCCGACCAUGGCCUUCUCAUCAGCCCCCUCUGCUCUAUGGAUUGUCAGCUUAUUGACUGCACUAUUCGCAGCUGCGGUUCACAGCAACAUUGUCAAUGAUGAAGACCCGCUGCAGCCCAUGACCUCGGAUGAGACGGUGUCCGUCGGCGGCAUGGUGACGUUGACCUGCCGAGUGGCAGAGACUGACAACUCCUCGCUGCAGUGGUCCAACACCGCGCAACAGACUCUGUACUUCGGAGAGAAGAGAGCCCUGAGAGAUAACCGCAUCCAGCUGCACCGCUCGACUCCCACGGAGCUUUCCAUCAACAUCUCCGACGUGCAGCUGUCUGAUGAGGGCGAGUACACCUGCUCCAUCUUCACCAUGCCGGUCCGCACGGCCCGGGCGACUGUCACCGUUCUAGGUGUGCCCGGUACGCCUCAGAUCUCUGGCUUUGAAAAUCCAGUGCCAGAGGGCGAAAAAGUCACCCUCACCUGCACCAGCACGGGCAGCAAGCCCCCUGCCAAGCUGCGCUGGUACAAAGGAGACAUCGAGGUGCAAGGGCGCCCUGACGUAGUCGAGUCCGUUCCAGAUGACCCCACUUACAACGUCAGCAGCGAGCUCACCCUGGAAGUGACUGCUAACGACGAUGACACCAAAAUCUCCUGCGUCGUCGACCACGACUCUGUGAAACAUGGGGAGAAGAAGAGUGAGCAGUCUCUGCGGGUGUUGUAUGCCCCUGAUGUAGCGAUCACCCCUGAGGAGAGGAUGGCAAUAGAGGGGCAGAAGUUUUCUUUGCAGUGUUCAGGCAAAGGCAACCCUGAGCCCACCAUCUACUCCUGGGAGAAGGCGGAGGGAGAGCUCCCCCCACUGGCCAAAGCCGAUGGUGCUUUCUUGUCCUUUUCAGUGCUCAACAAAUCAGAUAACGGCAUGUACAUCUGCCAUGCUGACAACGGCAUUGGGAAGGGCAGAGGGAGCUACACACUUCAGGUGCAAGACGACCCCGACUCCUCAAACGCAGUUACCCCCACGUUUCUCCCCACUUCCAUCUCUCCCUCCUCCCCACCUGACGUCUUCCAAGGCUCAGGGUCAGACUUCAGUGACUACAUCUCCACCUUUUCCCCUGACUCUUCCCCUUCGACGGCUGUGAUCUCAACCACCAUCCCACCAUCUUCCACCACCACCCUCUCCAACGCCCUUUUCCCUGACCUGCCCUUUUCCCCUGACUCCUCCCCUCUCAUCCCUCCAUCCCCUGCGACUCCCUCCCUCUCAUCCCCCACCCCCUCAGUUUCCGUCCAGACGAACGGAGUUUACACUUUCACAGAUGAUGCACGCAACUCGACAGACACGACAGCCAUGUCGACAUCUUCGGGCGUGGACCACGCUGUGAUCGGAGGGGUGGUGGCUGUUAUCGUCUUCAUCCUGCUUUGCCUCCUCAUCGUCCUCGGCAGAUACCUCAUCAGACACAAAGGAACGUAUCUGACUCACGAGGCCAAGGGCUCCGACGACGCCCCUGACGCCGACACGGCCAUCAUCAACGCUGAGGGAGGUCACUCCGGAGCCGAAGAGAAGAAGGAGUACUUCAUCUAGAUGGGCGGGGGGACAGAGUGGUGGUGGUGGGGGGGAGAAAGCGAGGAGGAGGAGGAAAAUUUGGAGGAUCCAGCUGGAGGAGAGAGGAAAGGAAAAACCUCCAUUUGUUUUCACAACAGCUUCAGUUCUUUACUCUAUUGAAGGGAUGUUGGAAAGGGAAGGGAGGUAAAGAACUGUGGGCGGAGCUUCAACUACCCUCUUUGCAUUGAUACAGGGAAGUGAGAUCUUUUGCACUGACAUUCGGAUGAACUGAAGUUACACACACACACACACACCCCAACACACACGCACACAUACAUGAUUCAGUUCUUGUUUUUCCGCACAGACUUGAACGCUCGUAGAUGCUCAGAUUAACAAAGGCGAGCUUCCUACUAACACAUCCUGAUCCAUUAUCACAUCCUCACAUAAGCAUCCCUUUUUUCAACUGUCAGCGCAGUGAAAAAGCUAAAUUGUAAACCACAUUCUGACAUCGUCACGACCUCUUUCCUCCUCCACAGUGCAGCCCAAAGCGGGUCUGCCCCCGUCACGUUCCUGUCCUCAUUCUCUCUAUCAGAACAAGGCAGAAUCCCUCCUUAAACUUGCUUAGGGUAGACAAAAUUAUUGAUUGGAAAACUUAAUCUCCUUCCAUCUUUUUUUAAUCUUUCUAUGCCAUCAAACCGCUUCCUGCGGACGAUCAGAUUUUUCCACAACGCACCACCACAAAAACUUGCAAAAAUAGCAUUCCCACCUUGCGCUGCCAAGCCCAGGGCCUCCAGUAUACAUAUAUAAAUAUAUAUAAAUAUAUAAAUAUAGAGUUAUAUAGCAUUCUUUUUACUUGACAGAAAACAUUCGGUGUGUUGUAAAUACACUUUCUGUUCUGUUAUUUUUCUGUCACUCUUCGGCGCCCUCUAUCUUCUCUCAUGCAGCCCGUUUCUGCAUCACAGAAACUUAUAUACUCAAAAAUAAAAUAGAAAAAAAAAAGCCUGCCUGUUUUUAAUACAUGCGUGAAAAUUCAGAGUCAAAACGAUCAUUAUCUUUGGGCUAAAAAAAAAGACAAACAUGUAACAACCAUGAUGUUGCAAUGAAAACUAACCUUAACUGCAAAUAUUUGUACAAAGAAUGUUUUUCCUAUUGGUUUGUUUGUGUUUUCUAAAUUUGUUUUGGGAUUUUUUAGGGAGAUUUUGUGUUUCCUGUCAGCGUCUUGUUGUGUUACCGUCAGUGUUAAGAGUUUACAGUGUCUGCUGGUUUGUCAGUUCAAAAGCCUUUUUAUUUGGGCAUUUCUUUGCUUCUUUUGUUGUGCCGUGCUCCGUGGCGACAGCUUCUCCCUGCGUUGUCAAACCGAACUCUAAUCGGUAGCCAAGUCUGAGUUAAACAUUCAAAAUGAGUUUCAUAGAGUUUCUUUCUUGUCUUUCAUGUAGUUUCCCUUCAAACUCAGCCUGCUGAACCUAACUUUCACCUUCAGAUCGCCUUUCUUGGCAAGGCCAUCUGGCUCUAAAUCCACUGAGUAGGGGCUUCACUGGCUUUCUCUAAGAACCUGCCAUGUUUGCUGCUCUGGGGUAGAGAAAAUGCUCACAGGACCUAACAGGGCUGUCUACAUGCAUUAUAACCAAGUUCCUGGAAAAAAAGGGGGGGAAGAAAAUCUCUUCCCGCUAUGGUUUUCUUGUGUGAGCAGGACUCAUUCGCCAGCUUAGCGAAAGCUUCCCAUAAACGAACGCUGCUUUAUUAAGGUUGAGACUUGGCCUUGGCAGUAGCAAGCCUCACUUGGCCCAGGCAUGGAAAUUGAUUGCAAUCUAACUAAGAGGCUCUGGCUGCAGGUUGUACACAUGCCAAGGCUCUGUUUGGCCAGACGAGGAUUUCAGGCUGCUCUAACACUCAAGAAAGUCAUUUAGGGAACCUAAUGUCCUCUUCUACUUUUCUCCUUCCCCCUCCACUCGUCCAUUUCUUUUCAUACUUUAAUCAAUCAAGCUGUCUGUGUCCUGAUCCACCUUCACCCUGUCUCCCCUCCUCUCGUUGCUCCUUCCUUCCUCUCCCCUCCAUCUCCUUGCUUGUCUUUAGCUCAUUGAGAAGCCUGUGUAGACGGAGCUGUGUGAGCUGAAAGCUCUCUGUGGUUGUGGCAUGUAGGAGAUGAAUCACUGGUCAGUUUUACAACCUUCACUACAAAAAAACCCACAAAAAUAAUACCAUUUAUUUUUGUCUGGUUUCCAGUGCAAAUAUUUUAGAACACGUGAAAUAUGACAAGUAACAUACAUCUAACAUACAAAUAACUUUUCAGCAUAGAAGAUUGUUUUAAGUAAAUAAUUCCUUAAUAUUGAUUUUAAAAAAUACUUUUUCCACUGACAGACUUUUUGAUAUAUAACAAGACAUUUCCAUAAUAUAAGUAAUCUGCCAGUGGAACUACUUUUCUAUCAUUAUUAAGGAAUUAUUGACUUAUAAUAAAACGAGCUCCUACAUUUUACUGAAAAUUUGUUUGUAAGUUUUGUCUUAUUUCAAGUGUUCUAAGAUAUUUAAAAAAUACAUGGUAAGAUUUUGUGUUUUUGCAGUAUUCUUGUAUAAAGUGUUUCUGCUACCUAAGAGGGUUUUGUGAGUUUUUACUGAAAGAAUUAUUGGCUGGGAUAUGUUUAGCUGAUGCAGAUAAUAGUGUUUUUGGUAUUUGGUGAUGCAGCCAUACUGUCGCCUCAAAAGUACAGCGUCAUGGGUUCAUACCUCCUGCUGCUUGAAGUUUGCAUUUUGUCCCUGCACCUGCCUGAGUUUCCUCCAGGUUCUCCUUCUGCAAGUCCAAAGACAGGAUGCAGUUAGGCUGCGAGUGUGCAUGAGCAAAUCAUCAUCCCAGUUCGUCUCUUUGUGUUGGCCCUGUGACGGACCAGUGGCCUUUCCAGGGUGUGCUCUGCCUUUUCCCUGUGGCAGCUGGGAUAGGCUGCAUCACGGGCGCACAGUCCCUACAGCAGUGGUACCCCAGCCCUGGUCCCCAGAGUCCACUGUCCUGCGUGUUUUGGAUCAGCGGUUUUCAAACAUUUUCUAAUAAGCACUACCUCUGUAAAUACGAAUGUUGCCAAGCACCACCAUGCUGGCACUUUUUUUCAGUACUGCAUCCGGAAUUUGACUUUACAGUUUUCAUCUACAGUAUUGGCUCUGGAUGCUUGGAUCAAGGAUUUAAUUAUGCAUUCCAUUAUUCGUUAGUUGACAUUUUCAAAUUGGAAAGAUGAAUACGAAGGUCUUCUGUAGUUUCCCAACAACCCGUACCUAAAAAUCCAAUAUGGCUCCAGCCAGUUGAAAGCAAAAAUAAUAAACAGUUAAUUGCACGUUUGUCAGUGCGCAUCUUAGUAAGUUUAGUAUCAGAUUGUGGUCUGCAACCUCUGUUAGUGAACAAAAUAUUUUACUGUUCAAAUAAACACUAAACAAUAAAUAAUAAUAAUUAUCCUUUUACUGGCUGCAUUAUGUUAUGCAUAAAAAUGCCCUUUUCUGUCAAACAAAUUCUAAAACAGCUUAUUAAUUAAAAUAUAUACACGUCACAAAACAUACAUUUCGAUGUCUGGUGUGAAAAUCCGCUAAAUUAGGCAUUAUUUCAAAGGACUUUGACUAAGAGAUGUCAGCAAGAUGCUCCCAGUAUAAUCUUUGGUAUGUGUUGAAAUUGUGUGAACAAAUUCAUUAUUGAAAUCUUAAAUUUCUUGAAAUGCUAACAAAUACUCUUUUCUUUUGAGCAGCUUCUGUUUGAAGUUAAGAUUAUUUUCUAUUCAAUUCAACUCAAAAAUACCUUUUUGAUCCCAAAGAAAAAUUAAAUAUGGUUCAAAUGACUCAUAUAAUCCAAGCAUCUUCAAAGAGUCGUUUUGGAUGUUGAUGCUGUGGGCAGGAAAAAUUAAUCUACAGGAUCCUCUGACUGAAGACUGUUACUGUUUGACAGUCACAACAUGAAAACAGCUCAAUAUUCAGGUAACAGAGAUGAUAUUUUACAGCAACAUGUCUUGGAUAACACCAUCAGUUUUUGGCCAGGACUGCUAAUCCACCUCAGUUGCUUUUGCCGCUCCUUUCUAAAUCUUUGUCUGGCUGCAUUUUUAGAAAGCCGGGAAGAGAGAUGUUAGGGCACGGGGUGUGAUCCUUGUCACCUCCUUUCCAACUCCUCUGGGAUUUUGAGUCCGGUAUUAUUUAAGCUUUUGAGACAAUAAUCAUCUGCAUCUGGUCACAAAAAGUAUAUCUUGUUGCUACAGUUACGCAUCAUAAGUUUCUGAAAGUGAAAAAAGAGCAAAUUUCUUUCCUGCUACAUGACAUCAUCCAAAACCAGAGGGAUUAAUUUUCCAAACAUGUAAUGCCUCAUCCAUCAAUACUGACAAAUGUCUACAAAAAGAUCAAAUCAAAACUAACAGGACAGAGCUACUGCGCUCUGCUUCCACCACUAGUGAUACAACUCUACAAAUUAAUUUAUGUAAAAGGAAUUUAAAAGGAUAAUAAUUAUUUUUUUCUUAAGAAAAAUCUGAAUCUGCAUAAUCUGUAUAUAUUGACUAUGUCAAAAUUCAGAAAAAAGAGCAAUUAGCGCUUCGCUUAAAACUCCUCCAAAGGAGUUGUAGCUUAAGAUUUCAUUGGUGAUGUUUACCUUCUCCUCUCAGUAAUUAAUAUCUCUAGCUUACAUUUAAAGUUGAAUGGAAACAGAACUAGGAAGAACUGAGAGAAAUGUUACAUUACCCAUAAAAAAUAACCCCUAAAAAAAUACUUCAGAACUGUAUUUGGAGUAAUAGUAACAACAUAAUUGUUGUGGAUAUCUAAUGAUCACAAAUAUACAACAAAUAUAUUCACUGUAAAAAAUUGCUACAUGUCUUCAGUUACCAAAAUCUCUGUUUCCAAUGUGGUCAAGAUGAGCAAACAGGAAAAAUAUUUGUGAAUGCCCCAGUUAACACACACCAGGGUUAUAAAGCAGGUUAUGGAUUAUAAAAAAGGCUUCUGAGGAACUUGGUGGCACGCUAAGGAUGCGGUCUUUGAAAGUCUAUGUGCUGGAGCAAUACGUCUUCAAAAAGUGCAGGAUAUGAGGAUCAGGGUCUGGGGACCACUACUCUAUGGGAUAAAGCAGGCAAAGCUGAUGGAUGGGGGGUUUUUUUUAAUAUAUUUUUUUUUAUUUUGAGUUUGACUCAGCUUUUCAUCUCUGUUAUGGUUGAAGAGCAGAGAAUCAGCUCUGUCUCAGAGAGCUUGUUGCACACUUCAAAGACGUUAGCAUCGAACUGUAUUUAGCCUCAGUCCACUGUAACUCUGCUCAUGCUGGAGAGAGGAAAUACUUACCUCCUACUUCAAGUAUAAUGUCUUUUUAAAAACUAAUGGACCUGUAUUUGCCUGUAAUUUAUCGUCCUGUUCUUUGUCUUAGUUAAUGUGCUAGCAUGUAGCUUGCAUGAGGAAUGAUUGGAAAGUGUAGAUAUUGCUGGAGACGAGAAGUGCCGACAAGCCACUCUCCUGAGGCUUCGCUGCUGCCCUCUGUUCUGCAAACAUAUGCUGUGUCCCAGAUAAAUCCGCCUGUAACCUCCUCAUCUCUGCCGCCCAACCGAGUACGACUCUUUCUGCUUUUUCCUCCAACACCCCAACAUGAAAUCUGCAUUUGUUGUUGAACUGGGAUGCGCAGUUCAACAACUGUUCAACAAAAUACCCAAGCUGUAUUUUCUAGCUUGGGUGUGAUAACGACUAACUGUCCCCAGGUGCCAGCAAGGCAUCACUUCUCUUCUCCGUCUUCAGUCAGUUUUAGCCGGACUGUCCCUCACUCAGAGUCAUCAUCUCCUCAUUAAGCAGCUCCAAACAAGCUGCCUGUCAUUUCCCCCAUUUUGUAGAGGAAACUAUUUACUUUUUAAGUCAUGUUUUUUAAAAGCUGUGCAUAAUCAUCAGUGUUUGAGUUUCAACUUGGUUGAUUAUCUUCUUUUUUUUUUAUUUAGAUUUCCCAAAACUUGAAUGUUAGAAUUGUAGUAUUUGCAUUUAUUUUCUUGUUUCAGCGACCAUUUUUAUAUAUUUUCCUGUAUAUAGUGUUGCCUUUCUGGAAACUCUUACAUGCAGACCCAUACAAACACUUUGCACACACACUAUGGAUGCAUUAACACACACAUACAUGAAUAUGCACAGCAGGUAUGUCUGCUCCUGUGGUGUGUGUGUGUACUUUAGUGUGUGUGUGCCUGUGUUUGUGGAUGGGUGUGUAUCAAAUGACCCAAACAGACUCCAGAGACACUCUUAAUGUGUUGCGUUCACAAAAAUAUUUUUAUUUCCAUGAAUAAAAAAAAAAAAAAAAUCCUAUUUUUUUUUUUUCUUAUUUGGAUGAUAAGUCUUCCUUUUGAGUAAAUAUUCAUAUCACAUGGAAGUAGUGUUGUUGUGUGUGUUAAUUUGUAUAAAAAAGACAGAUGAUGUCAUCAGUGCGCAACCCUGACAGAUGCUGUGAUGGGGUUUGAAACUGUUGGCUGAAAUGUUCCAAAAAAUAUUAGGUUUUGUUUUGUUUUGUUCUCCUUCUCUUUUUGUUAGAAUAUGAGUUGAGUUGUUGACUUCAAUAAACAUGAAUUUGGGUUAAUUUCA